UAAAAAAAAAAAAAAAUGGCGGCGGCGAUUCGUUUUCGGGCGGUGGCGGCUGGAGCGAGGCUCAGCGUUCUGAAUUGCAGCCUCGGCACCACGAUCCGCAGCCUUUGCAGCCAGCCGGUUUCAGUUAACGAGCGCAUCGACAACAAGCGCCAAGCCGCGUUGUUGGGAGGAGGCCAGCGCCGCAUCGACGCGCAGCACAAGCGAGGAAAGCUAACAGCCAGGGAGCGGAUCAGUCUUCUGCUGGAUCCUGGCAGCUUCGUGGAGAGCGACAUGUUUGUGGAACACAGAUGUGCCGACUUCGGAAUGGCUGCUGACAAGAACAAGUUUCCUGGAGAUAGCGUGGUCACUGGACGAGGCCGAAUCAAUGGACGAUUGGUUUAUGUCUUCAGUCAGGAUUUUACAGUGUUUGGAGGCAGUCUGUCAGGAGCACAUGCUCAAAAGAUCUGCAAAAUCAUGGACCAGGCCAUAACAGUGGGGGCUCCAGUGAUUGGGCUCAAUGAUUCCGGGGGCGCCAGAAUCCAGGAAGGAGUGGAGUCCUUGGCUGGCUACGCAGACAUCUUCCUGAGGAAUGUCACAGCGUCCGGAGUCAUCCCGCAGAUUUCUCUGAUCAUGGGCCCGUGUGCUGGUGGGGCCGUCUACUCCCCUGCCCUAACAGACUUCACAUUCAUGGUGAAGGACACGUCCUACCUGUUUAUCACUGGCCCUGAAGUUGUGAAGUCUGUUACCAAUGAGGAUGUCACUCAGGAGCAGCUGGGUGGUGCCAAGACCCACACCACUGUGUCAGGUGUGGCCCACAGAGCUUUCGACAAUGACGUUGAUGCUCUGUGUAACCUGCGUGAGUUCUUCAACUUCCUGCCCCUCAGCAGCCAGGACCCGGCUCCCAUCCGAGAGUGCCACGACCCCAGUGACCGUCUGGUUCCCGAGCUGGACACAGUUGUCCCUUUGGAGUCAAGCAAAGCCUACAACAUGCUGGAUAUCAUACAUGCAGUGAUUGAUGAGAGAGAGUUUUUUGAGAUAAUGCCCAGUUAUGCAAAGAACAUUGUUGUUGGCUUCGCAAGAAUGAAUGGGAGGACCGUCGGAAUUGUUGGCAACCAACCUAACGUGGCCUCAGGGUGCUUGGACAUUAAUUCAUCCGUGAAGGGGGCUCGUUUUGUCAGAUUCUGUGACGCAUUCAACAUUCCCCUCAUCACUUUUGUUGAUGUCCCUGGUUUCCUGCCUGGCACGGCGCAGGAAUAUGGGGGCAUCAUCCGGCACGGUGCCAAGCUGCUCUAUGCGUUCGCUGAGGCAACCGUGCCCAAAAUCACCGUCAUCACCAGGAAGGCCUAUGGAGGUGCCUAUGACGUCAUGAGCUCCAAACACCUUCUUGGUGACACCAACUAUGCCUGGCCCACAGCUGAGAUUGCAGUCAUGGGUGCAAAGGGUGCUGUGGAGAUCAUCUUCAAAGGACACCAAGAUGUGGAAGCUGCCCAGGCAGAGUAUGUGGAGAAGUUUGCCAACCCUUUCCCUGCAGCCGUGCGAGGGUUUGUGGAUGACAUCAUCCAGCCAUCUUCUACUCGUGCUCGGAUAUGCUGUGACCUGGAAGUCCUGGCCAGCAAGAAGGUCCAUCGUCCUUGGAGGAAACAUGCAAAUAUCCCACUGUGAACAGAUCAAAGGAAAUUGAACAACACUUGAAAAGCUGGCCUUUGGCAGCCUACCCCUGCCUUUUUUUUUUUUGGUUUUUCCUUUUUUUGUUUGUUUGUUUUCAAGACAGGGUUUCUCUGUGUAGCCCUGGAUAUCCUGGAACUCACUCUGUAGACCAGGCUGGCCUUGAACUCAGAAAUCUGUCUGCCUUUGCCUCUGCCUCUGCCUCCCAAGUGCUGGGGUUAAAGUCAUGUGCCACCACUGCCCGGCUACCCCUGCCUUUUACAAUAUGAAAAAUGGAUCUACAUACCUUGGACACUGAGUGAUUUGCAUAAAAAGUAAAAUUAUGUGCUCUAUUAAAAAUUAUGUGCUCUAUUAAAAAAUGUGCUCUGGAGUAAAAUUAUGUGCUCUAUUAAAAAUCUUCAUUGGUACUUUUUGAAUAAAUAUUUCACUUUUAUAGUAAAAAUCUCAAUCUAAACAAGAGAAUCAGAGUGGGGGUUGGGGGAAGACAGAAUUGCAGUUGCCUAGAUCUGGCUCUGGUUGACUCUGAUGUAGAUAUGAUUUUUGUGGCCCUCAGAAGUUGACAUAUUGGAGCUUGGACUCCGUGUAGGGUGGUGAGAAGAGAGAUACAGUGGGAGAUGCUGCGGCUAGCUGGGCUGGGCUCUGUGCUGAAGAGGUGAGAGCUCUUAGUCUCUCCUCAGCUGCUGUGUGAUGUCUCGAUAUUCCCCCAUCCCAUGCAUGCUCCAUGGUAUGAUACACCAAGAGGGUUGUUACCAGAAUGCCACCAAUGGUCGUGCCUUGCUAUUGGAUCUCAGAAUUAUGAGCUAACUAAGCCCUAAACCUUCAUAAAAUUAACCUGCCUUCAGGAUUUUGUUAUAGUAAUAAAAACAGAUCAAUACAA